GGCAAACCAAGGCAGUUUCCGGACCUUCCCGCCGCUCGCCCUUUUUAUCUCCAGCGGGUGGGUUGGACAAGAAAGGGGGGACCGGCGGGGGGACCGGUCCCGCCCGGAACCCCCUAAUUACAGGCCAUGUCUUCCGGCUUCUUCCGGGGCACCAACACCGAUCAGGUGAAACAUGUCAAUGCCGAGCAGAAGAUCAUCAAGAACAUGGAGAAGAACAAGCGCUUCCCUGAUCACUACACAAAGAAGGUGGACAUGUCGAAAGUCUCCAUGGAUGUGAUGAAGCCCUGGAUCGCCAAGCGCAUCACGGAGAUGCUCGGCUUCGAGGACGACAUCGUGGUGGACUUCUGCGUGGCACAGCUCGCGGAGCCCGGUGACAAGGGCCUGGAUCCAAAGAUGCUGCAGGUCAACCUCACCGGCUUUAUGGAGCGGAAGGCCGCCCCCUUCUGCUCGGAGCUCUGGCAGCACCUCCUUUCGGCUCAGGAGAGCCCUGUGGGUGUGCCCAGGGAGUUCAUAGACCAGAAGAAGGAAGAGCUGCAGAAGAAGAAGGAGGAGGCAGAGAAGGUGCAGGAGGAGUUGAAGAGAAGGAAGCAGGACCUGGAAGAGGCUGAGCGCCAAGCCAGAGAGGCAAAGAAGGAGGGUGGUGGACAGCCCCGAAGGCGGUCAAGGUCCCAGGGAGACGCCGGCAGACGGAGGGACGACCGCCGCGACGACCGCCGCGACGAGCGGCGCGACGAUCGCCGUGACCGGCGGGAUGACCGGCGCGGCCGAGAUGACCGGGCGGAAAAGCGGCGACGCGACAGAUCUGAGUCUGGAAGCCCCCAGCCCCGGAAAAAGAAGGAGCGUUUCGAGUGGGAAGACUGAGCGCUUCGUAUCGAUGGCUCCGGACCGACCCGAAAGGGCACCAAUUCCUCA